CUAACAAUACUAACGAUUAAUGGCACCAGAGAACCAACAAUAUCAGCAUUUCAAAACGUACAAAAUUCGAUGGAUGUUUCUCGUGGUAAUUCUUUGUGUUUGUUUGCCAACCUUUUUGAUAUCUAUUCGUUCACAUCCGUAAAUGAUGUAUUCGCUGAUUUUUUCAAGUGGAACCAUACAAGAUUGACACUUUGACAUUUGGAACGUUUUUAACUGGAGGAAUAUGUCUGUUGAUAAUGUCGUUAGGUAAUGAAUGUAUCGAUGUCCGUUGUCAGUGCAUUACAAUGAGCACAACAUCUGCUAUCGGAAUUGGAUUAGUGGGUUUGGCAUUCGUCGAUAAAAGUUUCUACUUUCUUGCUUUACUAGGACAAAUUAUUUGUGGUAUUGCAUCGGCUUUGAACUUUAUUCUUCCUCCUAUGCUCGCCGCGAAUUGGUUUUCUGCCGAUGAAACCGCAACAGUGAUUGGAAUAUCCUGGGGUGCGAUGGCAUUUGGAGAAGCAAUAGCAGCCAUUUUGUAUCCGUUAACUUUGCAAAAAUCGAAUAUUACUCACAUAAACACAACCUUCACCCAAGUUCAUCUUAUUCCACUUACCACAUAUUGCUCACUAUCGGUACUGCUACUUGGUUCCUCUUUAUUGUUCUGUAUUUAUUUGAGAGAGAGACCACCAUCUCCACCAAGCGCAGAACAGGACAAUAUUCUUAGAGUCAACGAAAAAGAAACCACUGGAAAAAACUGUGUGUUGACCUUGACUACAAUACGGAAAUUAUUCACUUCUCGUGAAUUUAUUAUACUGACCGGAGCAAAUGCUUUGAGUGGUUGCACGUUAGUAUAUGCUAAAGCAAUUACUCCAUCUCUGAUUUUAAACACGUUUCCAAUGACGAAAAAAUCAGAUAUAGGAUGGAUACGACUGGCGGGUACAUUUUUGACAAUUUGUGCUGGGAUAAUUGCGGGAUAUUGCGUAGAUAAAUUCAAGAAAUUCAAAGAAAUUUCAAAUUUAGCAAGCGUUGGCAUGAUUUCAAGUGCGGUUGCUAUAUACUUGGGACACAGUUUUAAAAGUUUUGCAACAUUGAUCGUAUUCUAUCCAAUGGCAUCUUCAUUUCGAGUUUGUUCUGCAAUCGUACUUAUUGAAUUUCUAUCCGAAGUGUCAUAUCCAUGCGACAAAGUUGUUCUUAUAUCGUCCUACAGUUUCAUAGAGGAAGUUUCAACGUUUGGAUUUUCUUGUGCUAUAAGAGCAACUGUAGAAAAGAGCGACGCAACGACAGCUAUUUUGUGGCCAAUUGGUGCAAGUCUUCUGCAGCUUUGCUUGGUAUCCAUUACGAAGCCAGAUUAUAAACGUAUGUCCGUUCAAGAAAUGAAAGUUAAUAAAAAUAUAUAUGACGAAAACAUUAAUCUACUUGAUAGCUUAGUCAAACAGUAAUCAAAAACUAAUUGAAGAGUGAAUAGUGCUGAUAGAAAAGUGUUAGCAAUUUGAAAUACCAGUUUUAGAAUCAAGGAAUGUUCUCUUGAUUGCUUGUCUAGAUCUAUGAGUUUGAACAAACUUUAUUUGAAAUUGUUUGUCGUUAAUUAAAGUAAGUUUCACAAUGAAAGAAAAUAUAAAAGUAA